AUAGGGUGCUGGAAGGGGCAGGGGUGGACAAGGACGGGGUUCAGCCUGAGCUGGGGCAGGGUGGGGGCUGGGCAGGAGGCAGGCGAAGAGGCCGGGGCAGGGUGGGCUUGGGGCAGCUGGUGCCCUCCCUCUGUGUCCCUCCAAUUCGUAGCUCCUUCCGUUGGUCCUUGUAAGCACCCCCAGCCCGCCCCGUCUCCCCAGACCCCCGGCCCUCAGGCCAAGCCAGUCCCAGCUCCUCGUCCCCUCAGACCGGCACACCUGAGCCCCCUCCAGGCCGGAGGCAGGUUUCUGGGCCGGCCUGGUCCAGCCCCUGCAGACGCUGUCCCACCAGCCAGGUGGCCUCCGGCGCUGCCAAUCCCUUUGCCCGGCCCCUCCCCGCCCCUUCCCCCGCCUCUUGCCCAGCCCCCUCCUCCUCAGGUGAGGCAGCCAGGCCUAGCAGGCCCCGCGCCACCGCCACCGCUGCCUCUGGGGCCGCCGCUGCUGAGGGGCCACCAUGCUCCUGCCCAGGCCCGGAGACUGACCCUAAACCGGCACCAUCUCUCAGCUCCGUCCCCACCUGCCGGACCCCAGGGUCCCGCCCCGGCCCGGGAGGUCAGCCGGGGAAUCAUUAACUAGAGGCCGUGACAUGGCGGAGAAGGAGGGUGGCCGGACUGUGCCAUGCUGCUCUGGACCCAAGGUGGCAGCUCUCACUGUGGGGACCGUGCUGCUCCUGACAGGCAUCGGGGCAGCGUCCUGGGCCAUUGUGACCGUUCUACUCAGGAGUGAUCAGGAGCCGCUGUAUCCAGUGCAGGUCGGCCCGGCCGACCCUCGGCUCACGGUGUUUGACCAGACGGAGGGCACGUGGCGCCUGCUGUGCUCCUCGCGCUCCAACGCCAGGGUGGCGGGGCUCAGCUGCGAGGAGAUGGGCUUCCUCAGGGCGCUGGCCCACUCGGAGCUGGAUGUGCGGACGGCAGGCGCCAACGGCACGUCGGGCUUCUUCUGCGUGGACGAGGGGAGGCUGCCGCACGCCCGGAGGCUGCUCGAGGUCCUCUCCGUGUGCGACUGUCCCAGGGGUCGUUUCCUGGCUACCAUCUGCCAAGACUGUGGCCAUAGGAAGCUGCCCGUGGAUCGCAUCGUGGGCGGCCAGGACGCCAGCUUGGGAAGGUGGCCGUGGCAAGUCAGUCUUCGCUACGAUGGAGCACACCUCUGUGGCGGAUCCCUGCUCUCCAGAGACUGGCUGCUGACAGCCGCCCACUGCUUCCCAGAGCGGAACCGGGUCCUGUCCCAAUGGCGAGUGUUUGCCGGUGCCGUGGCCCAGACCUCACCCCAUGGCGUGCAGCUGGGGGUGCAGGCAGUAAUCUACCACGGGGGCUAUCUCCCCUUUCGAGACCCCAACAGCGAGGAGAAUAGCAAUGACAUUGCCCUGGUCCACCUCUCCAGCUCCCUGCCCCUCACAGAGUACAUCCAGCCCGUGUGCCUCCCGGCUGCCGGGCAGGCCCUAGUGGACGGCAAGAUCUGCACCGUGACUGGCUGGGGCAACACACAGUACUACGGCCAACAGGCGGGGGUACUCCAGGAGGCCCGAGUCCCCAUAAUCAGCAGUGAUGUCUGCAACGGCCCCGACUUCUACGGGAAGCAGAUCAAACCCAAGAUGUUCUGUGCCGGCUAUCCUGAGGGUGGCAUUGAUGCCUGCCAGGGCGACAGCGGUGGCCCCUUCGUGUGUGAGGACAGCAUCUCUCGGACGCCACGUUGGCGGCUGUGUGGCAUCGUGAGCUGGGGCACCGGCUGUGCCCUGGCCCAGAAGCCAGGCGUCUACACCAAAGUCAGUGACUUCCGGGAGUGGAUCUUCCAGGCCAUAAAGGUGAAAUUUGGGCCCAGAUGGGAGCCAGAGGGUGGGAGGGUUUGGGACUCUGAGGGGGAAAGGGAGCCAGGGUUUUCCAGAAACCAACGCUCAGGCUUAGAAGAGGGUGCCCUAGGGAACGGAUAGCCUUCAGAGGGCUCCUGGGGAGGGGAGUUCAGCUGCGGGACUUUGGGGGAAGCCUCUCAGACCUUGGAAGCCCCUAGUUGUCUUUCCCCAGACUCACUCCGAAGCCAGCGGCAUGGUGACCCAACUCUGACCUGUGGCUUCUCGCUGUGCACGCCUGCAGGGCCCAAGCUGAUCUGGGUGGCUCCAGCCCCACAUGAUGGGGUUCACCCCGGGAUGGAACAUUUUUCUUCUUGGGCCCAGCCCACAGGUCCAAGGAUCCCCUCCCUCCAAGGUCCUCCACAGUGGCGGGCCCACUCAGCCCUGGGACCACCCGAGCCUCACCCUUCUGACCCCCAUGUAAAUAUUGUUCUGCCGUCUGGGGAAUCCCAUCUAGUGUUCCUGAUGACAGGAUGCUCUUUAAAUAAUAAAGAUGGUUUUGAUUAA